AUGUCUUCCAUUACCAUUAUUCCAACAACAUCAUCAUCAUCAAAUUAUCAUCCAAAUAUUAAUAUUCUACCUAUGCACCCAUCAUAUUUAUUACCUAAUUUUCCACAUCAACAAAAUCCACCAUCAUAUCAUCAUCUCGUCCAACAGAUUUCAAAAAAAACAUCAUUAUAUGGAGCUCGUCAUCGUAAAUAUAAUAAUUUCAAUAAUUUUCAAACGGGUACAACAACAACAUUUAGUGGAUAUACAAACAUGACUAGCAAUCGACAAAUUAAUUUACGACCAAUACCAGCACCUCAUUGUUAUUUACCACCAUCAUCAUCAUCAUAUCAUCAUAACAACAAUAAUUCUCAUUAUAAUCGUUAUCAUCAUCAACAACAAAAUAAUAAUUACAUUCAAAAUUUACCAUCACUACUUGAUACUAAUCCAUUUCAUUUUCCAUCUCACCAUAAUACACGUAAAUAUAAUCAUGCGCAACAAUAUAAUCCUAAUAAUUAUCAAUAUCAUCAUUCUCGAGCAUUAUCACGAUCUCGAUUUCAUAUUUUAUCACAAUUACCAUCAAAAUCAAGUUCACGUUCACGCUCACAACAUUAUCAACCACCACCUAUUAAAGCACGUCGCAAUCAUCAACAUUAUCAUAAUAAUAAUAAUAUUCAUCGUUCGCCAUCACCAUCAUACAAUAAUAAUUAUGAAAAUUACAAUAAUAAUCAUUCAUUUGAAGGUCUUAUAUCAUCGGAUUCAAUGUGUUCUCGUGUGAGAACUUAUGCUAUUAGAAAAUUAAAUGUCGUCGAUGUUGAAUUGUCAUAUGAAUCAAGUUGUGAUAUUAUUAAAAUGAUAAAUUGGUUACAAACAUCUGAUGCUCAACGUAUGGUUCAUGCAACAUCAUUAUCAGCAUUACAAUAA